AUGGAUGAAUCGUCGUCACCAGCAGCGGAAUCUCCCGCCGUCCUGCGCCAAGCCGGUCUUCUCGAAAAAUUCCAUAUCAUUCGUUCCUCAAUCUCGUUCUAUAACAACGUAAUUGUCUCUGCAAGCUAUUCUUCACCAAAUCCUCUGUCUCCAGACCGUUUAAUACGUGCUCUACACACCGUCUUAUCUGCCCAUCCAAGUCUUUCCGUUGGUAUCCAACUCUCGGAAGAAUCAACAGGCACGCCGUCAUUCAUUCGCCUCCCCUCGAUCAAUUUUAACAAGAGCGAGAAAUUUAUAAUAUGGGAAUCUUCAUCGACAUCGCCGGGUCAUGCAAAAGAAUACAAAGAUCUACUUUGUAGGCUUCAUAAUACUCCAUUUGCCAAUGAGGAUCUUACUACCUUACCGCUCUGGAGAAUCGGAGUGUUGAAACGUUCGUAUAAUACACCAACGGCUCAUGAUUCGGAAACGAAUUCGGAAGGAAGGAUUGACUAUGAAAUUGCGUUCAGUGUCCACCAUGCUAUUGCAGAUGGAUUAUCUUGUGCUGCAUUCCACUACUCUCUUGUCAAUGCUUUAAAUAGCGUUGACGAGACUAGUGGUUCCGAAGUCAACUGGGACAUCUACACCCCACCGAAAGACCUCAAGUUACUCCCUUCAAUGGAUGAAGUCCUCGAUUUCGGUAUGGGUCUUAAAACCGCGGGCAAAGUAGCUGGAUUCGUCGGAAAGUCCAUAUUACCAUCCUUCAUGCACAAAACGUUUUGGGCUGCCGGAAAGGUUCCUGAAAAAUUAUCCCCGACGAAAAUUGACGUGUUGACAUUCGAACCCUACGUACUAGAGAGUUUGAUCAAAACUUUACGGGCGAAAAAGGUCAGCUUGACAGCUUUCUUGACAUAUGCGGUUGCGAAUUCGCUGUUUAGUAUCAUGAAAACUUUGGAGAAAGAUGAAUUUGCGAAGAUUAAGUAUGUGAAAGUUAGUGUGCCGAUGAGCUAUCGAAAGAACGCUGGAUGGGAUAAUACUGUUAUGUCGGAUUUUGUAGGGGCUAUAAACUGGGAUAUUGCGAAGUUUAAGUCGUUAGAAGGGGAGGUUAGCGGGAUGAAAAAGUUGACAGCGGAACUCAAGAAAGAAAGCACCGUUACCAGAGACUCUGAAGUCGGCCUAAUCGCCUUAGUCGGGGAUUUAGCUGGGUUCUUCAAAGGACAAGUUGGCAAAGAUAGAGAGUUGACGUUUGAGGUAUCAAAUCUGGGAGUUUUGGAUCCAGGGAAGAUUGGAGAUCUGAAAAAGAAGGAACAGGAGAAGGAACAAGAGAACAAACAGGAAAAGGAAGGUGGGGAAGGAAGCAAAACAGCAACAAAGGAGUCUGAGGGAUGGAAGAUUGAGGAGGCACUGUUCAGCCAGAGCGCCUCCGUGCCAGGGCCCGCAUUCUCGGUAAACGCCGUAACUGUCAACGGGAGCAUGAGAAUUGUGGUGCAAUGGAUGGAAGGAGUAUUCAAAGAUGAUGUUAUGGAAGCCUUGGUGAAAAGUUUGAAUAGCUCUCUACCAGAUUUUUCUAAGUAG